AUAGAUCUCAAGCGUACGUAUUAAUUGACUCCCGUGCGGCGGAGCAAACUUCGACGGCUCCGACCACCAUCCCAUCUGUCGUCGUAUCCAUCUCCCGCCGUUCCGAACUGUUAGGGUUUGUGGAGUUUUUUCAAUCUGAGAUUCUUACAAGCGCCUGAUAUCCUUGCGGAAUCGUAGGCGGAGGAGUUCGCUUUGUCUCAUUCUCUGAAACAAAGAUGUCGGUCACAGCGGGUGUUAGUGAUACUAUAAUUGCGAUUAGGGAAAAACUGAGAGGAAAGAUUGGCCAGACAAAGGUGAAAAGGUACUGGCCUGGAAAAGCUCCCGAGUGGGCUGAGGAAGCUGAUGAUGAUGAGGAUGUUAGGAUGCAGAGAGCAGCUGCUGUGGAGAGAGCUUUCCCGAAGCUGCUGGAUUCAGGGGUUGCUGGGAAGGACGAUCCGAGGCUGCGUCGUCUAGCGGAGAGCAGAAUAGAAAAUCGUGAAGAGCUUAGAGCUGAUCAUCGGAGAAUCAGACAGGCUGAGAUUAUUUCUACAGAAGAAGAGUUUGGGAAACAAGAGAUAAGAGAUGAGGAAGAGGAUGAAGAUGCCUUGGAAGAAAGAAGGAGAAGAAUCAGAGAAAAAAAUCUUAAGAGAGCACAAGAAGAAGCUGCUCUACUUCCGGUGGAAGAAGAGGAAGAAGAAGAGGAAGAAGAAGAGGAGGAGGAAGAGUCAGAGUAUGAGACUGAUUCAGACGAAGAGAUGCCAGGUAUGGCAAUGGUAAAGCCCGUCUUUGUGCCCAAAGCUGAGAGAGACACAAUAGCUGAGCGUGAACGACUUGAGGCUGAAGAACAAGCCCUUGAGGAAUUAGCCAAGAGAAAGUUGGAGAUAAGGAAAAAGGAGACAAAACAAUUAGUGGUUGAGGAGGUAAGGAAGGAUGAAGAGAUUCAGAGGAACAUGGAAAUGGAAGAAGCGAAUAUCGCUGAUGUGGACACUGAUGAUGAGAUGAAUGAAGCAGAGGAGUACGAAGUUUGGAAGACUAGAGAAAUUGCCAGAAUCAAGAGAGAAAGGGAUGUGAGGGAAGCCAUGGUAAAGGAGAGGGAAGAAAUAGAGAAGUUGAGAAACAUGACAGAGCAAGAAAGGAGAGAGUGGGAGAGGAAGAAUCCAAAACCAGCAGGUCAUCCGAAGCAGAAAUGGAAAUUCAUGCAAAAAUACUUCCACAAGGGCGCAUUCUUCCAGUCAGAUGCUGAUGACCAGGCCGCAUCGGUUGGAGCAGACGAAAUUUUCCACCGUGACUUUUCUGCUCCAACUGGCGAAGACAAGCUGGACAGAUCGAUAUUGCCUAAGGUCAUGCAGGUCAAGCACUUUGGUCGCAGUGGGAGGACUAAAUGGACCCACCUUGUCAAUGAAGACACCACAGACUGGAAUAGCCCGUGGACUUCGAAUGACCCUCUACGUGACAAAUACAAUGCGAAAAUGGCAGGGAUGAAUGCUCCUAUAUCCAAACCAAAAGGAAGCAAGAAAAUGAAGGAUUGGGAGAGCUAACUUCUAUAGUACCCUACCGCCUCUGUGCUACAUUCUAUCUAUAUAUCAUGUCAUUGGUAGAAGUUGGUCUUUUCUUCCACAUGUAUCUUUUACCCUGGACGUAAUCUCAGGGGAAGCAAAUACAGAUGCCGUGUGGAGACCACUGAUGGGGGGGCAGUUGCUGUGGAGAAAGCCAAGUGAUACGAAUCGGUUCACCAUUAUGCAACGGCCAGUUCAUUUCGUGUGCUCAAUUGGUCCCAACCCAAGGGCAUGGAGACUUCUAACUAGGAGUUUGAACAAUGGGUGUUUAGGAUCUGCGAGCUGAAUAUUGAUUCACUUGGAAUCUCUUAGUUUGAACAAUCCUUGGAUCUCCAUCUUAUGUAAAAUCAUGCAUCCAGUUUUAGCAGAACCAUUUUAUGUU